AAAUAAUGGAUAAUUGUCAAAACAAAACAUGGCGUUCUUUGAAUAUCUAAUCAUUCUGAAGUGUCAUUCUUCUAUUUAUUACUAAAAAUCUAAUAAUUGAAUAUAUUUGAUUGGUAAGUACAUGCUUGCUGUAAAAAAAUGGAUCACAAAGCUGUUGUGAUAUCUGGUGAGGCUCCAGAAUCUGACGAUGAAACUGUAAACAUUGCGACGGGUAUGGGAUUUCCUUCAAUGCGUACACCGAAUCCGUGUGGUACAAUUAUAUCCGGUGAAGCCCCGGAAUCUGAUGAUGAUGGGACCAGUUUAAGCAGCGUUAGUGGUGCAGUUGAUGCUACUGUUUGCCCACCAUACAGUGAUGUUAAAAUACCAAAAUCAAAGAAAAGUUGUAUUAAGUACAACAGUUUGCUCCAUAAAAAAUUACGUGAAUGCAACGAGGCAUUAGACAGAGACGUAACAGAACUGAGCGGCGAUAUGAUUACUGCUGGUGUUAAAGAAUUGACGGCGGUUAAUCGGCAAUUAUUACGAAGCGAAUUCACUCUGCAAGAAGCUGCUUGUCAAUUACGCAACGCGUCAAAUCGUUUGCGAGAUACUACCAACGAUUUGAUACAGCUCAUCGAUGCCAAUUUCUUACAUAGUGUUAAAACUUAGUCAGUUUCCAUUUUCCUACUUAACGUUAGUCUUGUUGGCACGUUCUUGGUAAUUCAAUAAUGGCCGUAACGUGAUAAUAAAGUGACCCUUUCGGUCUGAAUAUACUAAA